UUCAAUGUCGGUGCAAAUCCAACAGGCAGAUAAUCCUUACCCAAGCUUGACGGAAGCUGCAUCUGUAUAUUUAUUUGUGUCUUAUUUUGGGAUUCAAGAAGAAAGUAAUGCAAUCUAUGAAGUGAAAUUCAAAUACAGAGCCCCAGUAGUUGGGCGUGUUGACAGGUUUUGUGAGCGUGAGAAGAGUCAGGUUGUUGGCUUGGUCGCUGCACGGAUCCGCUCCAAUUUAUACGUCCUUGCACGGGAUUGUGGAUUUAUUAUUGACACGAAGACUAUGUCCAGAUGCUCAUCUUUUCCUCGUCCAAUAAAAGAUAAACAAUCACCAAUGGUUUUUUCUGCAUAUGGCAAACUCUAUUGUCUUGCAUGUCCAUGGGAGUUACCAGCAAUUCCAGAGGCUUCCUUUGAUAGAUAUGAUCCCGAUAACAAACUCUGGGAGAUAAUGCCUUCUAAUCCAUUUUAUAAUUAUUAUGGGACCGAGAUGACAAUAACUGGUUAUGCUGUUUGUUAUGGGGUUAUCUUGUUUUCAUUGUGUGCCUCGAGAGGAAAGAAUUUCGAUGUCGUUGCAUUUCACAUAAGUAGGGAAGCCAGUGGAAGUUGACAUUUCUGUUUAUUGUGCUCCUUUCCAAGGGAGGGCCGUGGUUGUAGGCGAGAAAAUCUAUUCCGUACAUGGGGAGGAGUUUAUGGCAUUCGGCUUUAAGAUGUACAAAGGUGAUGACGGUAGUAUUGUAUAUUUCCUAAGCCAACUGUUUGUAUUGGAAGGUCUGGAGAUUGCACUACCACCAUUGCCAUAUAGCGAGGAGUAUAAGACAGACUAUUUGGUUGAUUUGGGGAACAAUGAGUUUUUCUAUGUCAAGACUAGCCGUACACUUCUCUCGGUUCAAUAUAUUUGUAUCACCACGUUUCGAAUUGUUGUUGAAGAAGCAGCAAGUCUUAAGAUGAAGACCAUACAUUCUACUGUUCGUUCUGUGGAUAUACAGUGCGGUGAAUGGUUCAAUCUUGUUUCAUGCUUCAUUUCUGGGUGCGAGGAUUAUGAACCUAAAGAAGAAGAAACCAGUCUGGAUGAGAGUUUUUCUAUGGUGAACCAUAGGAGAAUGGCAAAGGAGAAAGAAAUAAAGAAGCUGGGCGUGGAAUAGCUGCCAGGGAGCCGGAAUUGUUUUCUGUCAGGAAUAGGAAGAGCCAGGCAUCGUGAGAGAGUCAUUGUUGUAUGUAAUCUGUUGUAGCUAAGGCAUGCUUGCUUCUCUAGUCUUUCUCUCCAUGAUUUACAACAAAGGGUGUCUCCAUGGUAUAGACAUUUGCUGCUUUUUUAGGAACAGCAGGUUCCGAUAAACAUUGAAGGAUGAGUUCAGCAGCGUUGCUGCGGCUGUCUUUCCGUUUGUAAAUUUCAACUACAAACAAAGUUUUUUUUUUAAAAUUGUCUAGUAUUUAAGUCAUAUGUUAAUGAUAUGGACAAUGUUAUUACAGAUGCUGAAUUAUAACAUGAUAUUGUCUGAUUUCGAUCACA